AUGCCUGCCGAGUCAUCAAACUCACAGGAUUGCCCUGUCAACACUGUCAAGAGACAGACAGAUCAAAUAGCACCGGAAACAUCGCUAGGAACUGUUAAGGAUGUCCGUUCACCAGACUCGCACGGUGGAUCCAAGGCGGGGGUGCGAAGACUAAGUUAUUUCAAAGGUGAUGGUCGGAUAGAUAUUCAGCUCGAUGAAGAUCAUACGGAUAUCACUCCAUUCUUAAACUAUCUACAACAAAGGACCAUGACGUCGCAAGGGGAACAGGAGUUUGCCGACAAACCUUGCCCGCUGCAUUUAAAUAUUGUUAUUCAAGUCAUCGGUUCUCGAGGCGACAUUCAGCCAUUUGUGGCUUUGGGGAAAGAGCUCAAAAAGCAAGGGCAUCGUGUUCGUGUGGCCACCCACGAGAAAUUCAGAGACUUUGUUCUUCAGGCUCAUCUUGAGUUCUUCGACAUCGGUGGAGAUCCUGAACAGCUGAUGGCGUUUAUGGUCAGCAAUCCGACCUUGAUCCCCGAUUUCCACACUAUCCGCAGCGGAGACAUACAAAAGCGACGAAAAGAAAUGAAAGAAAUCAUCAAUGGGUGUUGGAAAUCCUGUUACGAACCGGAUGAAAAACGCAACUUUGUUGCGGACGCAAUCAUUGCCAAUCCCCCUAGCUUGGCCCAUAUACACUGUGCCCAGAGACUAGGUCGUCCGCUCCACAUCAUGUUUACCAUGCCAUGGUCACCAACUCAACAAUUUCCCCAUCCUCUUGCAAUCACGCAUCCCGAACAUUGCAAAGAAACGGUGACGAACUAUAUUUCUUAUGCUAUUGUGGAUAUGAUGGUCUGGGAGGGCCUCGGGGAUAUUGUUAAUACAUUUCGCAAAAGAUCGCUGGCUCUUGAUACUUUGGAUCGAAUCACUGCUGCGAGCAUCAUCCAUCGCCUGCGCGUUCCGUGUGCCUACCUUUGGUCUCCUUCAUUACUUGAAAAGCCUCGAGACUGGUCUGCGGACAUAGACAUUUCGGACCUGCUGGCAUUUCUCGAGGCAGGCCCGCCGCCUAUUUAUAUCGGAUUUGGAUCAAUCGUCAUCGAUGACCCAACUAAACUCACGAAGAUCCUUUUCGAUACUACCGAAAGUAUGGGACAACGUGCCUUGGUAUCAGCUGGCUGGGGCAAUGUCGGGAUGGUUGACAACAUCGAAGUCCCGGACAAUAUACGUCUAGUGGGAAGCCUGCCUCAUGAUUGGCUUUUCCGACGGGUUUCCUGUGUAGUACAUCAUGGCGGUGCAGGCACUACAGCAGCUGGUCUCUCCAUGGGAUGCCCAACCGUUAUUGUCUCUUUCUUUGGUGACCAGCAAUUCUGGGGGAGAGUAGUGGAAAGAGCAGGGGCUGGCCCAAAUCCCAUCCCUUACAAGACAUUGACUGUUGAGAAAUUAACCGAGGCUCUUGAAAUGGCCUUGAUGCCAUCGACAAAGGAAAGGGUAAAAGUAAUCAUGCAAAAUAUGGAGAAAGAGUCCGGGGCCCGGGAUGGUGUUCGUAGUUUUCACCGACAUCUCGACUACGAUAAAUUACGAUGUGCGAUUUGCCCUGAUCGAGCGGCUUCUUGGCGCAUCAAAGACACAGAUAUUGUUCUGAGCGAUUUUGCCUCGGCUGUUCUGGUCAAAAACUGCCGGAUAAAGCCUAAAUCACUUGUCUUAUAUAGCUCCAAGGAAUACGAUACCUAUCGCAAUCCUAGCGAGCCUCUGAGUGCUAGUGCUCAGCUAUUCUUCAGUGCGGUUGGAAAUAUCGUCACCGGCCUCGUAACCGCCCCCGCAGGUAUUGUUACGAAUGUGAUCUCCGUACGUCGCGUUCUCACCCGUCCCCACGCGCAUGGCGAUCCUCAAACCCAGUGUGGAUGUACAGAUCAUGGCACAGAUCAGGAAAUGCCAGACAGCACAGAGGGCAAUGGAGAUAUCGAUACUACCACAACAAGGGAUCUUGGCCAGCAUCUUAAUGAGGACGCACGGAAUUUGAAUGAAAGGCCAGAGAGUGUUCUUCACCCGGAGGCACCCACAAUGAUCCGUAGCAACGUUCCAGCCGUUGGAUUCCAUGGAGUUGUGUCAGAAUUAACAGUGCAUGGCGUAAGAGGGUUAAAAAAGCUCGCAAGAAUGGCCUUGUGGCUACCCACAGAUAUCACUAUUACCCUGGCUAAAGGGUUUCGCAAUGCCCCGAAGCUAUAUCACGAUUAUUCGAUUCCACCCAAUCCAAUUUUGACUGGAUUUCGAAGUGGUUUGAAGGCUGCCGGAAAUGAAUUCACGGGCGGCUUGUACCACGGAAUCACUGGUUUGGUCAUUCAGCCCAGGGAUGGUCUAAAAUCGGGCGGGGGCAAGGGGUUGGCUAAAGGAGUUGGGAAAGGUAUCGGUGGGUUUGUAUUGAAGCCUGUUGCUGGCAUAUGGGGGUUGGUAGGAUAUCCUUUAGGCGGCCUACGCAGGGAGCUUCUCAAAUCUCUGGGCAAAGAGGUAGAGAGAAAGAUCAUCCGAGCACGAAUUUUGCAAGGCUCAGAGGAGGUCGAGGCAUCAUCUUAUGUGCAAAGAGUCGAGGUCAUCAAGAGAUGGGAUCGACUUCAGAGAUGA